AUGUCACUUGCUGCCGAUGGAACGCAGCAGCAGCAGCAGCAGCAGCAGCAGCAGCAGAGUGCAUCCAUACAGCAGAAACCAGCGAGCCUCGUACCCCCAUCUCCUCUGGCUGCAUCAGGAGCAGCAACCCCAACAGCAGCAGCAGCAGCAGCAGCAGCAGCAGCAGAAGCAGCACGCCCCGAAGCACUUGUUGCUGCUUGGGAAGCAGCGCACGAGCAAGUUGCUGCUGCACUCAACGCAGCUUUAGUAGCUUUGCUGCAGCGGUGUGCUGCUGAGGCUUCUGCCCUGUAUACCUACGGCUCCCCCUAUAGCAGCAGCAGCCAGCAGCAGCGGAGGCCGGAACGCCGCUGUCUUUCUUGCUGCACUUGGGUCGAGACACAGCAGCAGCACCAGCAGCAGCAGCAGCAGCAGCAGCAGCAAAGGGAAGCCGCGAGGAGUAUGAGCGCUGCAGGGCCAUUGGGCUGCUCUGACAGAGACGCAGCAGCAAGGCCCCUGCGGUCUCCAUAUGACAUAGUAUGUGCAGCAGCAGCAGCAGCAGCAGCAGCAGCAGCAGAAGGGACAACAGCAGCAACUCUUAUGCGGCGUUCCCCUGCGCACCUCGCGUAUUGCCAGGUGCUGCAGCUGCUGCAGCAGGUCCUUGAGUGUCUGCAGCAGCAGCAAAGAGCUUCGGAGGAGACAGUGCGAGCUGCCUUUGGGGUGCUGCGGCUGCUGCUGCCCCGUCUCCGUUUUGUCUCCGGGGUCCUGCUGCAGGGGACCCCCCUCGCGCAUGCAGAAGAGGCCCUCCUCUAUGUGGGCCUCAUGCGGCAUCUCCCCUCGUGGGAGCGCACGCCCACAGACUUGCGAUUGCUGCUUGCUGCUGUUGCUGCUGUUGUUGCUGCUGUUGCUGCUGCUGUUGCUAGUGGUAGUAGUAGUUUAUCGGGGGGCAACGUUUGUGUAUGGGGGGCUGCACGUUGUGGGGGCCUGGCUAACAGCAGGGCGGCUGCUGCUGCAGCAGAGCACGAGGGCCCUGGAGGGGGCGCUGCUGGCGGGGAUGCAGCCGCUGACGGCUUCGAGUCUGUUGGAGUGCUGCAGCGCGCAGCAGCAGCAGGGGGCGCUGGAGCGGCUGCUGCAGCAGCAAAAACAAAACUGCUGCUGCGCAGCAAACCCAGCAAUCGAUAA